UGCACUGCUCAUAGAUAGUUAUGGCAGAGAAUAAGAUCAUGGUUGAGAUGAUCAGCACAGAGAUCAUAACACCGUCCUCUCCAACUCCUCCCCACCUCAAAACCUACCUACUUUCUUCCAUUGAUCAAUUUUCACAAGCAGUCUAUGGCCGAGUGGUUUAUUUCUACACUCACAACAUUGAUGAUGCUAACAACUCUGGUUAUUCAUCCGAGAAAAAAUCACAGCAGCUAAAGAAAUCUCUUUCCAAAACCCUAGCUCGAUUCUACCCUUUCGCCGGAAGAAUCAAUAACAACACCUCCGUAGAUUGUAACGACGAAGGAGCUCCAUACGUCGAAGCCAAAUUCAACGGCCUUCUCUCAACUUUUCUAGACCAAAGAGACAACGUUGCCGUAAUCGACCAAUUCUUCCCGGCGGCAAUCCAAUCGCCGGAGGCAGGCACGUGGCCGAUACUGAGAGUCCAAGCCACUUUUUUCGACUGCGGUGGAUUGGCUGUUGGGGUUUGCUUGUCGCACAAGUUAUGCGAUGCCAGAUCUAUGAGCGUGUUCAUGAAGAGUUGGGCUGAAACCUCAAAAGGGUUGGCUCAAAAAGUGGUUCCGAUCUUCGACGUGGCUUCCUACUUCCCGCCGGGAGAUUAUCACACAAAACUAAAAGCUCCUCCAUCGGUGGGAAAGAAAGCUGGAGAAUCAGUCACAAAGAUGUACGUGUUUGAUAAAGAUAAGAUAGUUGAUCUUAAGGCCAAAGUCGCUGACACACGUGUGCAGCGACCGAGUAGGGUUGAGGUGGUGACUGCCCUAAUUUGGAAGAUUAUGAUCGCUGUUUCAAGAUCAAACGGUAGAGUGUUAGUUGUACCAAAGAAGACUACUUAUUUUGUUACACAAACCAUGGAUAUACGUAAAAGGGCUGAACCAGCGAUGCCAGAAGAGUUGGUUGGAAACUUGGUGACAAUCAUUCCUGUGGAGACGAAUCUUGAUGAGCCUGAGCUACAAGAUGUGGUGGCUGAGUUUAGAAAUGGAGUGAGAGAGUUUGGUGAGAAGAAAGGGAAGAGAUUGCGAGGAGAUGGAGCAUUGAAUGUGAUUCUUGAGGUUGUGCAAGGGUUGUUGGAGUUGUUGGGAAGAGAUGAUACAGAUGGGGUAAUCUUCACUAGUUUGUGUACUUUUAAGUUAUAUGAGAUAGCUGAUUUUGGGUGGGGAAAGCCAACUUGGGUGAAUAUUCUUCCUCUUCCUAAUGGUGCUGUGAGAAAGUUAGUGACAUUGAUGGACACCAGAGAUGGAGGAGUUGAAGCUUGGGUCACUAUGGAUAAAGAAGAGAUGGCCUUGUUUGAGUGUCAUCCUCAACUUCUUCAAUUUGCAACACACAAUUACUCAACCCUGUGAAACGUUUUUAUUUUGGUUUUUGAAUGUUUUUAAUUAUAUUGUUUUCUAGGGUGAAAACUUGCAAUGAUAAUUAGGUUAAUAAUGAUAUAUAUGUUGUUAAAUCAUCAAGUGAUGAUGAAGUGUGUGGUCUCUUAUAUUGUGAAUGUUUGUUCUUGAAUAUUAUAUUUUCUUUACAAGUCAAAGUUGGCCAUUAUUAUCUGUACUAGGGGAAGAGCUACGAGUCGUAACUCAAUCAGACUGCCCAACCUCGGCCCAAAUUUAUAUUUUCGAGUUGAGUAGCUCUGGGGCUUGAACAUUUAAACUAUGUAACUAAUUUACAAGGAUAUGCAAAUUUUGU